UUCAGAGUCAAAAUUUCAAUCUUCACUGUUUGAUACCAAACUCCAUCGUUUUCAUUUUCCUCUAAAAGUCUUUGGCCAAGCUUGAGAGAUGCCUAAAGAAAACCGUAUAAUGUGUGAGUCAAGCAACAAGGUCAGAGUGUCGCCAUACCCGCUUCGGUCUUCUAGGACCGACAAACAAAAGUCGUCUGAGUCGCCUAUUGAGACAAGUUGGGAGGAUGUGCGGUGUGUGAUCUGCAUGGAACCGCCUCACAAUGCUGUCCUUUUGACAUGCUCUUCCUCUUAUAGUGGAUGUCAUCCUUACAUGUGCGAUACGAGUGUUCGUCAUUCCAACUGUUUUAAGCAGUUCCGUAAAAAGAACAGAACAAAGCGCUUAAGCACCAAGACCUUACAAUGUCCUCUCUGUAGAGGAGAAGUAUUCGAGACGACAAACGUGACAAGCACUGCAAGAAGAUUUAUGAAUGCUAAACCGAGGUCUUGCUCUAUAGAGGAUUGCAAAUUCUCUGGGACGUAUUCUCAGCUUAAUAAGCACUUGAAAACUGAGCAUCGCGGUGUUGUCCCACCAAAGGUCGAUCCACAGAGACAACAGAGGUGGGAAAUGAUGGAGAGAGAUGCUGAAUACGUUGAACUCAUGACUGCAGCUGAGAUUCCGCAUGCGACCGAGGUGGUGCAUCAACAGCUUCCCAACGAUCAUCAUAAUCCUCAUGUGUUUCGGGUGACCGUUAAUGGAACCAUAUGGAAUCUAAUUGAUCCGAGUCAGGGAAGGAAUGGAUUAGGCAUCACCAACUAUACCCCAAUGCAGUUUGUACCAUUGAGCAUGUAUGGUGGUGGGACUCGGUAAAGAAUUCAAACUUGUUUAGUGAAAACCCAAAAUAAAAAAUUUGCUUAAAG